UGCGUAUAUCCCAAGAAUCUAAGUGAGAAAUCAGGAAACAUGAAGAAUGCCAUGCUGUCAUUAGUUCUCUUAGUUGGUUUGAUUGCCACGGUCCACUGCGCGUGUGACACGACGUCGCUCCUGACUUGUACUUCCACUCUAGUGACAGAAACUGCAGCUGCUGGGGCCGAUGUUGGAAAGUUUUGUAGCGCAUACAAAAAGUAUCUAACUUGCGUCGCAGACGCCAUAUGCAGCACCGACCCUUCGAUUAAAGCAUAUUUUGACUCUGCCAACGCAUACAUAAACAACUAUUGUAACAGCGGCGCCAUGGCAACAGUUUCAGUUUUGACCAUGUUUCUCACCCUGUUCGUGAUGCUCUUCAAGUGAACGACUUUCUGAAUGGAGCUGACCAAGGAGACAUCCAUCUUUGCCAUGACAUCUAUACGUCAACCACAAUACAUUGAACAAUAUUGAUUUAAUAAAACACAUGGUUACAUACGUAACUAAUACGUAGAUUAGACUGUGUAUUUAAUUUUUACACUUUGUAAUAAACUUUUGAUAGUACGUGUAUGUUUAUUGUUUAUACAAAAUUUAUUAUUAAUGUUAUGCUUGCAUGGAUACAUGCCUGACUAGUUGUUCUCUAAAAUAUUACGCAGCAUUUCAAACUGGUUUAUUUCCCGUUCCAGACAGUGCACCACGACUGGUAUAUCAAAGGCCGUGGUAUGUGUUAUUCUGUCUGUGGGAUAGUGCAUAUAAAAGAUAACUUGCUACUAAUGAAAACAAAAUGUAGCGGGUUUCCCCUCUAAGGCUAUAUGCAAAAAUCACCAAUAGUUUAACAUACAAUGGCCGAUAGUUAAUAAAUCAAUGUGCUCUAGUGGUAUCGUUAAACAAAACAAACGUUUUCAAAAUUGUGUUCUACAUAUGAUAACAGUUUCUAUGACUGAGAAUGAUAAAUGAUGACUUCAAGGUGAUCCAAUUGAUAAAUGAUGACUUCAAGGUGAUCCAAUAUCUUUAGCUUUCGCUAGAUCAUCUUCGCUGGCCAAGGCACCAUUCCGUAUAACUAUCGCAUUAUGAAAUGCAGUACCUAGUUAUACGGAAUGGUACCUUGACGUGCGAAUAUGUCACUAGCUAUACCACAUUGCAGAUUCAACUACCUUCACAGUUCAUAUCUCCUUUUCAAAUUAAACUUAUUAUAUCUAUAAUAAUUUAUGGAUUCACCAUGGGUUUAUCAUCAUUUUGAACUUGGAAGAAUAUUUACACGUUAGCCAACUUAAUCAGUUUAAAAUGUUUAAUUAGAAAUAUCUAUUUAAUUAAAGAUUUAGUUACAUAGUGUAAUACACGAUUCUUAGAAAGGAGAAUUUAUAUCUGGAUUGUUAAAUACAUUUGUGUUUUAUAUAAUUAUACUUACAGCUUGGGUAAUUAUUUUUAUUUGAUGUGUUCACGAUGGCAAACUAGUUUUCCCAUUUUUUUCUCUUUUAUACGGUAAGAAAAAAGUUAUAUGAUUUUUCUUUUAGUGCAAGUAUAUAGUUAUAAAAUAAGAACAAAACACCGAAUACGUUUUAUCUUUGCAAAAUAUUCCAUAUUUCAAGUAUAUUAUUAAAUAAGAUAUUAAAUCUGUAUAAAUUUUUUACCUCUCUUUACUUUUUCAACACGUUUGUCUUUUUAUAUUAACGUUAAACAAUAUAGCUGUAAAAGAAUCUGUGGUUUGAUUGUGUCACCAAGUGCAUACUUUAAGUAUGAUUAAAAUGAAUAAUUAUCAACGUCUCAUAAAAAA